AUGUUGGCUGAAAAACUACUAUCCAUGACAGCCAAAAAAGAAUAUCAAAAUUGUCGUUUUCAAGACUUAAGCUACAAAAUCCGUUAUUCCCAAAAGCUUGGCACACUGAUUUUCUCAUCCUGCCCUGAAAAGAAGCCCUCAACAUCUGCGCUCCUCAGCAAGGGAACUAAGAAGCAAAAAUUCGAACCACCCACUCAUACGAAGAAACAGUCAGUUUUUUUCCCCGGGAAAGCACAGUCUCCGUGCGUGCUCGUUCCGCCAGAGAAUUGCGCGGUGGUGACCGACGGAAAUAGGAAGCUCCUAGAAAAUGCUCUUACUCACUCUUCCUGUCCUAAUUCAGCUUCUAAUUACCAGCGACUUGCGUUCAUCGGCAACGCCGCUCUCGGCUUAGCUAUUUCCAGUUAUUUCUUCGUGACUAACCCUGACGUUGACUGUGGUAAGCUAACUGACCUCUCCAUUGCCGAUGUGAGUACGGAAAAACUUAUUAGAGCUGCUGUCCGGCACGACCUCUAUAAGUGCCUCAGCCGUGAUUCGGCAAUCCUCGAUGAGAAGGAGGAGGAGAUGGAGUUCUACGGAGGAAUGAUAAAAGCACCAAAGGUCCUUGCAGACAUUGUGGAGUCCAUAAUGGGGGCUGUAUAUUUGGAUUGUGGCUUUGAUGUGAACGAUGUCUAG